UUGCCAUUCUUUUUCACUCCUGAAACUGAGGUUAGAGUUGAAGGCUGAAGGAAAAUGGCCCAUUACCAUGACGACUAUGAAAAGAAUGACGAAGUGGAAUUUGUCCGAACUGGCUAUGGGAAGGAUAUGGUCAAAGUUCUCCAUAUUCACAGGGAUGGAAAAUACCACAGCAUCAAAGAGGUGGCCACUUCGGUGCAGUUGACUCUGAGAUCCAAAAAGGAUUACCUACGUGGUGAUAACUCUGACAUCAUCCCUACAGACACCAUCAAGAACACAGUGCAUGUCCUGGCGAAGCUCAAAGGGAUAAAGAGCAUAGAGGCCUUUGCUAUGAACAUUUGUGAACACUUCCUUUCUUCUUUUAACCAUGUCACCCGAGCCCACGUCUACGUAGAAGAGGUCCCCUGGAAGCGUUUGGAAAAGAAUGGAGUCAAGCAUGUCCACGCGUUCAUCCACACCCCCACGGGAACACACUUUUGCGAGGUGGAGCAGAUGAGGAAUGGACCUCCAGUCAUCCACUCCGGGAUCAAAGACCUCAAGGUCUUGAAAACAACCCAGUCGGGAUUUGAAGGAUUCAUCAAGGACCAGUUUACCACGCUCCCUGAGGUGAAGGACCGAUGUUUUGCCACUCAAGUCUACUGCAAGUGGCGCUACCAGAGAAGGGACGUGGACUUUGAGGCUACGUGGGGCACUGUCCGGGACAUCGUCUUGCAGAAAUUUGCUGGGCCCUACGACAAAGGCGAAUACUCACCUUCCGUGCAGAAGACACUCUAUGACAUACAAGUGCUGUCCCUGAACCAGGUUCCUGAGAUAGAGGAGAUGGAAAUCAGCCUACCCAACAUCCACUACGUUAACAUCGACAUGUCCAAAAUGGGACUGAUCAACAAGGAAGAGGUUUUGCUGCCACUCGACAAUCCCUAUGGCAAAAUUACUGGGACAGUCAAGAGGAAGCUGUCAUCAAGGCUGUGACAUUAUGGAUCCAGUCGGUUGUGAUGCCGGAGAUCACUGUGUGCUGACCUACAAGAAAAUUCAACUAAGGACUGAUUGCUUUCUUCUGUGUGAAACAAUUCUUUCUUUGUUCCUAGUUAAGCAAGGCAUUUUGUGGAUCUCCGUAUUCCAGGUACAGCAUGCUCCAUGGCUGUGGCAAGUUUCCUGAAAACUCUCUGGGCAGUGUUGGAAGAAUCACAGUGAUAAUUAUCCUUUCUGCUCUUUGUUCUGUCUGCCUUAGAGUCGGUCUUUAGAAUCAGAUCACUAAUAAAGUAAUCGUGAAACAA